AAUACACGACACUUUGCUGGCAGCGGAGAACAGAUCUCGGAGAAGGUCGCACGGCUCUCUUUGAAGGUUAUCAGGAACGUGACGUUUUCUCGCCGUACGAAUCUUUCCAGUUGGUCAAGCCGACGGAGCAGCACACUCGUCGUCGUCGCCGUCAAACAUGCUGCCGCGAUUUUUGAGGCCUACUAUAACCGCUGCUCAGCAAGGAGCGAAGCGAUUAUCCACCAGUACCAGAUGUCAUACCAAGGUCGCUGUUAUGGGAGCAAGCGGCGGCAUUGGCCAGCCAAUGUCGCUGCUCCUUAAGCAAUCGCCCCUUGUUUCUGAGUUAUCGCUUUAUGAUAUCGUGAACACACCCGGAGUCGCCGCCGAUAUUUCGCACAUCGAUACACCAGCAAAAGUUAAAGCUUACAAUGGUCCAGAUCAGCUGAAGGAUUCUCUCAAAGGAGCUCAGGUUAUCAUCAUACCCGCUGGUGUCCCGCGUAAACCAGGCAUGACCCGUGACGAUCUCUUUAAUACAAAUGCCUCCAUCGUCCGAGACCUCGUUGCCGCUAUGGCAGAGGUUGCACCGAAAGCCUGCGUGGCGAUCAUCUCGAAUCCCGUUAACAGCACAGUACCGAUCGCGAGCGAGGUGCUGCAGAAAGCAGGUGUUUACGAUCCCAAUCGCGUCUUUGGAGUAACUACAUUGGACAUCGUCCGAGCGAAUACGUUUAUUGCGGAAGCUAAGGGUUUGGAUCCGCAGAAAACAUCCGUACCGGUUAUUGGCGGGCACAGUGGCAUUACGAUUAUUCCACUGAUCUCGCAAUGCACGCCAUCGGUCUCAUUUCCAGAUGAUAAACUGAAAGCGCUCACUGAGAGGAUCCAGGAAGCUGGCACUGAGGUCGUUAAGGCCAAAGCUGGCACUGGAUCUGCGACUUUGUCGAUGGCUUAUGCAGGCGCGCGAUUCGGCAUCUCGUUGAUCAGAGCUCUCAAUGGAGAAACCGGUAUCAUUGAGUGCUCUUAUGUUAGAUCAAACGUCACUGACGCCAAAUACUUCUCCACGCCAGUGCUUUUAGGCAAAAACGGGAUGGAAAAGAACUUGGGCUAUGGCAAACUGAGCAGCUUCGAGCAAAAACUGCUGGAGGCUGCAAUCCCGGAGCUUAAGAAGAACAUUCAAAAGGGAGAGGACUUCGUAAACAAGAAGUGAAAUUUGUUGAACCUAAAUAAAUCAUGAUCUGCCGAAUCUGCUCGGGAAAAGGGAGUGUGAUUAGCCUUCGUUGCUGGCCUUGUAAUUCAGUGACAAAUCGUCACUACGAUCAUAUCGAGAGUCAAACCUUCUGUCGAUUACAGCGACCACGAAAAUCCGCGAGUAUAUCUCCCGCUUCGCUCGGUACCUGCCGAUGUGAAUGCAUAUGUACGUACGUAAACGUUUAGCAAGUUGCUAAGCUAUA